CGACGAUGGAAGCUCCAGCAAGAUGCCAGCCGACUCGGAUGAGCUGGUGUGGGGCGACGACGAAGGCCCCGUCUCACGACGGACCCGCCCAUGGCGGUAUCCAUUUGUUGAGCUGGAGUACGUCCAUCAUCUGGCACGGCCAGUUGGAGCACAGUCGAAGCUGGGAGUGACGGCGCUGGUCGGUGGGUCAGGGGAGGUUGUCGAAGCAACGAUGAUGGAGGAGUUCGAUUCCGAGUCCGAGUCUGAUGCCUCGAGCUCAGACUCGGAGUCGAUGCCGGACUACUACGCAGCCGUUCACGACGACGAUGCGGUGCAAGCGAGUCGGACUGGCCUCAAGCCGAUGCGGUGCCCAGUGUCGCGGCUCCGUGGGACCGAUGGGCCCAAGGCCAUCCUCACCACGCUUGCGCAGUGGUUCUACAGCACGCCCGAGGUCGCUUAUCGCGAAGUUGCGCUGCCAACCCAUGUUCUGGUUGACUCCCGACGGCUUCGAAACCGGCAAAGCGCGCGAUCGCAUCCGACCCUCACUGAGAGGGCGUUGUCGGCAGCGCAGGAACGGCUAGACGGGCUGGCAGACAGCUGGCGGCGACUGGACAAGCGCAAUGUGCGGCCGCGGAGUCAGCCGGUUCCGGUUGUCCUCCGCCGCAAUCUACUUGCUGCGCCCAAGAUGAGCGCAGCCAUGAUGUCUGGCGCGCUGGCGCCGGUCGAACCGGGCGUGGUCCAUCUCGAGUGGGACCCGCUGGAGGCACUCGGAGCUGACGUGGUUCCACGCAACGCGCCGCCCGGCACCCAUCACAUCGUGGCCCACGCGCGGCUCGGACUCUGA